AUGCUUUCAUUAAAUCAAUGCUAUUUAUUUCAUCGUCUAUUAUCGUUUGAUGAUUUAUCAAAAAAAUCAUCAUGUAAAAAUUUAAAAUUUAAACGUGCUUUUGAAUUUCUUCAGUUAUUGUUCCUUCAACGUGUUUAUGGUAUUGAUCUAAUAACACGUUCAUCAAUUCGACAAUUAUUCAAACAACAACAAAAUCAACAUGAAGUAUUUCUUGGUGGUUCAUGUAAUCCAACAACAUGGAGAUAUGAACAAGCUAUUCCUUAUUUUCAAUUACGUUCAAUUUCUUAUUAUAAUCCUCAAGUUGCUAAUUGGACACCAGAUUUAGUUGAAAUUGAACAUAAUGCAAAAGAAUCGGCAGAAAUUUUAUUUUUUGUUAUUGAUCAUGACACACGAUCAUUAGGAUCUAUAGCUGAAGUAUGUUAUUUAAUAGCACGUGACCGAACUGUUAUUGUUAUUAUGAAUCCAAUGCCAAAAGAUAAAUAUCAAACGAAAUUUAUUCAACAAAAAAAUUCUUUUAAUGAAAAAGAUAAUGAAAAUGAUUACGAAAAUGUUUGUCAAGCAAGAGAAACAUUAAGAGUAUUACUUCGAAUUAAAAAUGUACCUGUUUUUGAUAAUGUUAAAGUAGGAUUAGAAUGUGCAGAACUUUUAAUUAAAAAUAGAAAACAAACUAUUACUAUAUUUGCUCGUUCACAUUCGAAUAGAACCAGUUUUGAGUCUCCUGAUGAUUUUUAUCGUGAACAGUCUCGAUCAGAAUUGACUUUAUCGUCUUCAGUCCCGGUUAAUCGACGUCAUAGUGCUACAUCAAUAACACAUACAAUUCGUCCUUUAUCAUCUUUAACUCCAUUUCUUCGUUCAACUAAGUCUACUAAUGGUUUUCGUUAUUAUCAACUACAAUUCAGUACAAAAUCACAAAUAUCAUGCUCAACAAAUGAAAGUGAAGAUGAUGGUUAUGGUUCAUUAAUAGCCAGUGAUUACACAUUCUCUCGAUCAACAUCAUCAUGUGCAACUGCUGAUUUUUACGAAUGUCCUAUUGAUCAUCAAUUUGACAACAAUCCAUUAACAUUUUAUCGGCCCAUUUCUAUAUUAAAUAUUAUGAUAUCAAUUUUUUCGACAUAUAUUUUAUUUGUACAUUUUCCUCCAACAUCCAGUUUAUCAAUAACACAAUCAAUUUAUUUUAUUUGUGCAGCUUCUUAUCGUUCUAUAAAGAAUACGAUUUUUUCUUAUAUGAAAAAUAUAGUAACAUCAAAUAAAGAAACUGUUCAUUUCAAUUCUUUGACUUAUAUGUUCGAUCUUUAUAUAGCUUCCGGUGAUUAUGAUGAAUAUUGGUUAGAUACAUAUGUAUUACCAAUUCUCGACGAAAUAAAUGUAAAAUAUAUAAAACGACAAACUUGUUAUGAUAAUGAUCAACUUGAUAUUGUUUAUGAUAUGCAUGUACGUAAACGUUCACGCUUAUUAUAUUAUUUAAUAAAUGAUAAUGAACGUCUUUCAAAUCUUGUUGGUGAACUUGCAUAUCUUAUUGGUGAACGUAAAUAUCAUAUUAUUGUAUAUUUACAAUCAACAAUCAAUGAAAACUCAGAUAAAAUCUUAACCAAACAUGAACGAAAAGAUAUUGACCGUUCAAGAAAAUAUCUUGAAGAUUUAGCAAUGAAAGAAAAUAUUAUAUUAUGUCAAUCACGUAAACAAAGCUGCCAACAUGUUUUAGCUUUUUUUCUUCAAAACGAACACUAA